AUGUGCAAUGAGUGUGAUGCAGCCAUAGAUGAACUGGCACAUCCACCUGAACUGAUGUUUGAUGUUGAAGGAAGGCAUCCAUAUACCUUUUGGCAGUCUACCACAUGGAAAGAUUACCCAAAGCCUCUCCGGGUUAAUAUAACUCUCUCUUGGAACAAAACUAUCGAGCUAACAGACAACAUAGUCAUCACCUUUGAAUCCAGCCGUCCAGACCAAAUGAUCCUAGAGAAAUCCCUCGACUACGGUCGAACAUGGCAACCCUACCAGUAUUAUGCUACAGACUGUUUAAACGCUUUCAAUAUGGAACCAAAAGCAGUGAGGGAUUUAUCUCAACACACAGUCCUUGAAAUCAUUUGCACAGAAGAAUAUUCUACGGGGUACAUGGCAAACAGUAAAAUCAUCCAUUUUGAGAUUAAGGAUAGAUUUGCAUUUUUUGCUGGGCCUCGACUUCAUAAUAUGGCUUCUCUGUAUGGCCAACUUGACACAACGAAGAACCUAAGAGAUUUCUUUACUGUCACAGACUUGAGGAUAAGACUGCUCAGGCCAGCAACUGGGGAAAUAUACGUGGAUACUGACCAUUUGACUCGCUACUUUUAUGCAAUCUCAGACAUAAAAGUAGUUGGAAGGUGCAAGUGUAACCUUCAUGCCACCGGCUGCAGAGAAGAAAACAAAAAAUUAUUAUGCGAAUGUGAGCACAACACAACAGGCCCAGACUGUGGUAAAUGCAAGAAGAACUAUCAGGGCCGACCUUGGAGUCCUGGCUCAUAUCUACCCAUCCCCAAGGGCACAGCAAAUAUCUGGGUCAGGAUAUUGCCGAAUAUAUCUUCCCUUGGGGUUUCUAACCCAAAUCAAGUUGGUCCAAAGUUAGCUUUGUCUACUGUUUCUUCUAUUCAAGUUGCAAAUCACAAGAGAGACUGUGAAUGCUUCCGCCACUCCAACCGAUGCACUUACAUCGAACUGCUCAGUACAGUCGUUUGUGUGAGCUGUAAACACAAGACUAGAGGGCAGCACUGUGAGUUGUGCAGGCUGGGCUACUUCAGAAAUGCUUCUGCAGAGCUGGACGAUGAGAAUGUAUGCAUAGAAUGUAAUUGUAACCCUAUUGGCUCAGUCGGUGAUCGCUGUAAUGAAAAAGGAAUUUGUCAGUGUAAGGAGGGAACUACAGGGCCUAUGUGUGAUAAGUGUCUCCCGGGAUAUAACUGGCACAACAAGGGUUGCCAAUCAAACGUGUGUGACAAUGAACUUCAGCUUUGCCAGAAUGGGGGAACAUGCCUGAACAACGUACGCUGCCAGUGCCCUCCCCACUACACUGGUGUAUUGUGUGAGAAACCGAGUUGUGAAAAGGAUUCACAAAGCUGCAGUCAAGACUCCAAGAAUGGGGCAGUAUCAUUACAACCACUGGUUCUUCUAUCACUCCCAGUUGCUCUAUUAGGAUUAAGUGAGCUUUUCGUAUUUUAGGCUAUACAGCUUUGGAGGAAUCAACUUCAGACUGCUUUAAAAGGAAUGUGCCACAGGAAAGGAAAGAAACAAAAAUUACAGCAGCAGCAGCAGCAGCAGCAAGCAUUUGCUAAUAAAUCUUUUUUAAAAAAAAUAUAAAGGGGGGGAAAGUAAAAUCUCCACAUAUAUAGACUAAAAAGGCCUAACAGAACUAAGCCAUAUCUAUCCAUUGUGGACAACACAGCGAGUCAAGACUGUUAUUCUCUGAUUCCAGUUAAGUGGGCAGCUGUCAAUACUAUUACUGCUAAUCACAAUGCCAGCUGCAAACGCUUACACGGGAUCGGAAAAAAGGCUUUGGACCCCCCCGGAUGGGAAUACAAAAAAAUCCCCCCCACAAAACCUUGCUCCUCCGAUCUGGUGUACGACCGUACCUCUUCCCAGUGUGUGGACCAACCAAACAGAGGCAUUCUUUGCUGUCAGUGCAUUGUGGGUAUAAGGAAAUCAGUUUCAAAGCUGCCAUAUUGGCCUGCUUCAGCCCCCGAAUCCCUUUCCAACUGUGCUUUAGUGACCGUUGCUCUGUAACCCUUGUUGGUUGAAGAUUUCUUUGUCUGAUGUUAGUAAUGCACAUGUGUCCCUCCUCAGUAAAUCUCAAGCCAGUCAUACCCUUGUAUAUCUUAGAUGCACUGCAUCAGUUUGAUAUGGUGCUCAACUAUUGUACAAGAGUGGCUAUAGGACAAAAAAAGAGUGUAUUUAUCCUUUUGUAUUCAAAUCAAGUUAUUUUUCUUGACUAAUGUAAUAUGUAGAUUUUUGUAUUAUUGCCAAUUUGUGUUAACAGACAGUUUAUUAAUGUACUUUAUUCCUAAUCUGGUAAAGGGGGGAAAGUUAUGUUUUAUUUUUUCUUUAUUUAUGCUUUUGCUUUUCAUUUAAUUGUGCAGAGAUUUCUCUGUAUGGGCAACGUGCUGGCAUCAAAGAAUAUCAGUUUACAUAUUAUAGCAAGUGUAAUAAGA